AUGGGUUUUGUUAAGGAGUGGAUUGACCUGAUUAUGCAGUGUAUUGGCAUUGUAUCUUAUUCAAUCUUACUAAAUGGUUCACCUAAAUCACCCUUCAAGCCUUCAAGGGGUAUACGUCAAGGAGACCCUCUCUCACCCUAUUUGUUUAUUCUAUGCUCAGAAGUUCUCACCUUUGCAUUGAAUCAAUUUGAACAAAAGGGCUUAAUCUCUGGCUUCCCUAUCACUAGAGGCUCUUUGUCUGUUAAUCAUCUCUUUUUUACAGAUGAUAGCCUGGUUUUUUGUAAAGCACAGCUGCAGGAAUGGGGCAGGCUACAUAACAUCCUCUCUUCAUAUGAAUCAGCUUCGAGUGAAAGGCUAAAUCCUGAGAAGUCUUCAAUCUAUUUUAGCAAGAAUACAAGGAAAGAGAUCCAAAAUUCCAUCCUGUUUACUGCUGGGAUUAAAGCCUCGGGGCCUUUUGAAAGAUAUCUGGGUUUACCUUCUUACAUAGCCAAGACAAGAGUUAGAAGGGCUGAUUCUUUUGUGUGGAAAAGUAUUACAGCAGCCAGACCACUACUCUAUGAGGGCCUUCUAUGGAAGAUUGGUAAUGGAAACAAAGUGAAGAUUUGGUCAGAUCGAUGGCUGCCUAUCCCAAUGUCUUAUAAGACUCAGUCUCCUCCCAAGGUUCUCAGCACAGAAGCAACUGUUAGCUCUCUCAUCGACCAAGACACUCACUCUUGGAACCUACCCCUUGUUCAGAGUGUUUUCAUCUCUGGGGAGGUUGCUAUCAUCUCUAGAAUGCAUAUCAGUCCCUGCAACAGCAAUGACAAGCAAGUUUGGAGGUGCACUAAGAAUGGGAUCUUCUCAGUUAAAUCAGCAUACCAUCUCCAAGUCUCUGUGAAUGAUCUCAAUAAGGGGCAAGCAUCAGACCCUACUAAACAUGAGGUCCUAUGGAAACUGCUAUGGAUGCUUAAAGUGCUUAACAAAGCCAAAAUGUUCCUCUGGAGAUCAGCUAGGGAAAUCCUUCCCACCAGAGUAAACUUGCACAAAAGGAAGAUCAUUGAUUCACAUAUGUGUCCUAUAUGCUUAUCUCAUCCAAAAACAGUGUCCCAUGUACUAUGGACGUGUAAAGCAACCCAAGAUGUAUGGAGCAAUAGCUCAAGAAGGUUACAGAAAAGUAGGACUGAGGAGGCACCAUUUUAUGAAUUGCUUACAGAGCUUCUAUCCACUCUUCCACUUGAGGAACACACUAAGUUAGCUCUCACAGCUAAGGAAAUUUGGUACAAAAGGAACAAAUUUAUUUUUGAAUCCAAAUUCGCUUCACCUCAACAUGUCUUAAAGUCUGCACUAGCAUUAUAUAGUUGGAUGAGCUAG